AUGGAAGAUUCCAGAAAUCAACAACAACAAGAAACAACAAAAAUUGAACAAAAACUACAAAAUGGACCUUUUUUUACUGAAAAAAUGGAAAAUAAAAAUUUAUUUGCCACGGAUUUAUUUCCCCAUAAUCCUCGUGGAUGGGAAGAAACUUCGAAAUUUUUAAAAUCAAUUGUUGAAUUGCUUUUGGGGUAUAUUAAAGAAGAAAAUGAUAGAUCUACUAAAGUUCUUGAAUUUCAUCAACCCGAAGAAAUGGCUAAACUUAUUGAUCUAAAUAUUCCUGAAGAUCCAAUGUCGUUAAAUGAAUUACUUAAGUCUUGUAGUGAAGUUCUACGUCUGGGUGUCCGUACAGGACAUCCACAUUUUUUUAAUCAAUUAUCCCAAGGAUUGGAUUUGAUAGCGAUGGCUGGGGAAUGGUUAACUGCUACUUGCAAUACAAAUAUGUUUACUUAUGAAAUAUCGCCUGUUUUCAUUUUAAUGGAAAAAGAGGUAACUAAAAGAAUGAUUGAAUUAAUUGGUUGGCCGACAGGAGAUGCUAUAUUUUCACCAGGCAUUUUAAAAAUAAAGAUUUGA